CCACUGUUACGUUUGAUACAGUGUUCAUACGCGAUAUUUUACAAGUUCGUUCAUUUCGCGAGAUGAGAAAUUUUCAAAUUUUCUGCUCUCUCCUUUUUUUUUGUUGCAGCAGAUAAAAUGAACUUUCACGAGUUAGUACAAGUAUUACGUACUUUGUAUUGAGAAGUUACGAAAUGUCAAGAAUUCUAAUAUCGAAGUGUCAAGAAUUCUAAUAUGGAAGAAAUUAUAAAAUUAUUUCUAAUCAGCUGCAUUGUUUUGUGUAUCGCGGUGGGUAUGUACUUCGAAAUAAUAAAAGAGGACAUACCCAUUCUGCUAAAUUAUGUUUUUAUCACACUGUUUUAUUUAGUAAUUUUCGAGAUUAUAACUGGCUCAAUUCAAUACAUUCUGAGUUUCAAUAACGCAAUCAUGAAGAACAGCAACAUGAAAUUUGAUGCGAACACAUUAAUUUAUAACAUUGUUUUAAUAAUCUUUAUCCUAAUGACUAUAUAUAAAUAUCAGUAUAGUUAUAUCUGCCUACAAAGAUUCAAUGUAAUCUUGUGUACCCUGUGCGUGAUAAUUUCAUACGUAUUGUCAAAUGUUGCGCACUUGGAUGAAAUAAGACACAAAAACACCUUGAAUAUUAAUUCAAUGCAAGGUUUAGACUAUGGAUCUGCUAUGGCCUACAGUUAUUAUUAUGGAUAUUUAAGGAUAAUACUUCCUUCAACAGGCUCUCUGAACAAAGGACUUGUUGAAAAGUUAGAAAAUAUUGAGGACAAUCAUAAUAUAAAAAUAAGUGUUCACAAAUUAUUUGUUUUGAUUCCCUCAUCAUCGUACAUUCCACCAGAUCUGAAAGAAGCUUCGUAUCAGUGGAUGGAAGGUGCAAUGAAUUUAGAAGAAGAAGAACGCAAUCGAGCAGGUAUUAAAAGAAGAAUGUAUCAUAAUACCGUGUAUAAAAUUUAUCCGAAUGGUCAAAAAUUGAAGACCACUCCUUUGUACGUAGUGGUCGAAGGAGCAACACCUCUGUUAACUUUUCACGAAGUUCAGAAACAUGCCCACAAUGAAACAGAUGUUUAUAAAAAAUAUGGCAAAGAAAUAGUAUUGAAAUUUUAUGAAAAAUUGAAGGAAUUGAUAAGUAAUGACACAGAAUGUGCAGAUUUAUGCGAAUUAAUUUAUUAUGAUGAUAAUAAUGGAACCAAAGUUAAUGUGGCAAAAGUUAUCUUAAGUAGAUUGUCCCAAAUUCAGAAUAUGAAUUCAGAAAACUUCAAUAACAAUUAAUAUUAAGUUAUAGAAAUAUUAAUUUGACACAAGUAUGAUAGUUGUACAAAUGUUGCAUAAAUUUUGACAAAUAUAAAAAAUCUUUUUCAUUAUUGAGAUUUCAUUGCUAUAUUAAAAUUUUAUAA